AUGUGUGAAGUUUGUAACCUGUCUAUCGAUGAAGAUCAAUAUCUUGCUCAUAUUGCUAUAUGUGGACUACAAGACGACAAUGAUGAAGAUCAAACAGCACUGGAAAUAUGUGCUUUAUGUGGAAAACGAGUUCAAAAUUUGAGGCAACAUUUUCAAACAUGUAUGAAUGAAUAUUAUACCAGAAACGAUAUAUAUGAGGAUUAUUCGAACUCACCAGUUGGACCGGCUGGGCAAGACCCAACAACCAAUGUUCAAAGUCAGAAACGUACAAAAGUAUGCAUGAUAUGUUCCAAGAUGAUCGAUGAAGUCGACUACUUUGAUCACAUAAAUGCAUGUAUUGAUAUAUCAUCAGCCAGACCAAACAACAUCCAGGAAUGUUAUAUCUGCUCUAAAGAAAUUGCCGAAGUUGAUUUUAUUACUCAUGUUAAUGUAUGUGCUUCUGAAUUAUCUUCAAGUUCGAAAUCAAAAUUAACAACUAGACAAACUCAAAACUUGUGUUUUACAUGUUCAUUGCCAAUAGAUUCUUCGAAAAGUUCUAGUCAUACCAUUUCAUGUCCAUCACGUCAUAUGUAUUGUCUAAAAUGUUUUCAACAUUCAAUGAAUGAAUACAUUAAAUCUAAUACUCCUCCUCUUUGUCAUUCAACUCUCUGUAAUUAUCAACUGUCUCGAUAUGAUGUUGCAUGUUUACCACUUGAAACAGAUACUAUCAAACAUUUACUGACUUGUGUCAAAAGUACACAACGUCCUCAAUGUCCUUUAUGUCUCUUCUAUGUUGAUUUUAAUUCUAUGAGCGACUUGGAAAAUCAUGCAGCUUUGUGUAACUCAGUAAAUUUAAUUGCUUGUGAAUAUUGUCAUUGUCUAUACAAUAUGUAUCGAAUGGAUGACCAUUUACAACAAUGUCGCAAUCUUUCUCAUUAUCAACAACAACAAGCAUUAAUAGAUUUCAUUGUACCACGAACUAAAUAUCCCAUAACAUCCCAAGAGAUUCGUGUUUUUAUCGAACAUAGACGGAAGAGUCGUUUACCACUUGAUCCACAUUCAAUCAUUGAUGCACUAGCUGUACUUGAGCGUGGUAACUAUUGGCAAGCUCGAGCACAACAAGAUGCUAAUUUUAGAGCCCAACUAGAAGAUUAUGAACGACAAAAAGUUACUAAUGAACGACGAAACGAAGAGUUGCGUCAACGUUACAAUGACUUACUGGCUGAUGAGACGUUCAAAGCUCAAAAUUGUCGUCUUUGUCCGCAUUGUCGACGAGUAGUGCAGCAUCUUGGCGGAUGUAACUCCAUGAUAUGUGGUCAAAACUAUCAUGGUGGUGAUGCACAAUCUGGAUGUGGCCGACGCUUCGAUUGGUCUAAGGCUGCACCAUAUGUACCCAUUGCCAACCGAGGUCCACAACAAGUUAAAACUAAGUUAAAAGCUCCAGGGGAACAAAAACUUGUUGUACACAAGGACGUCCAGUGUGAUACUUGUCAUAAUGAAGUUCAAGGAAUUCGAUUCGAUUGUAUUCAUUGUUCUUCGUUAACAUUUUGUGAGAAAUGUGAACAACGUUCUACUCUUGAGCAUUCGAAUCAAAAUCGCGACCAACAAAAACAACAGCAUGUUUUUAGAUUAAUACCAGCACCAAUAGAAGAAAAAAGGAGCAUACGAUCAAUUUUAUCUUUUUUCUUUAGAAAAUAA